UGAAACCAAAGGAACCAAAUCAGUGUCAAACGAGGGUACCAAUCGAGCAAUGUAAAGAAACAUGGUGAUAAUGUUAGGAGUGGAUGAAAAGUGUUGUAAUUGAGCGUAAUAAAGAAUAUGUGUUUUUCCGAAGUUUUACUUACACAUUUUAAUCCAACAUUAAACCUGUACACUGGUUCACUUAAAUUUAACAAAACAUCACCGGUGUAAUCUUUCAAAACUGUGUACCUUGUAAAGAGUUUCAAAAAAUGAUAUUCGCUUAUGCAUGGUGAAAAACAGAACUGUAUAGUUCUUGGCAACAAACGGCACAAAAACUGUGUUGCAGAAACGAUAGAUUUUCUCUUCGCGCGACUCUAUAUACCAUAGACUCUGACUUCAAGGAUCGUAAGCCAAAACAAAGCAUGAUUGAAGAAGUGUCAUCAGUUUAAAGCCGAUAGAAUUUCAUAACAUCACCAAAAAAUUGAAUUUGUUUUCAAAAACCCCGUGAGAACCUGUUCUAAAUGGUGUAAAUAGUAAAAAAAUGUUACGAUUAGAACGUUGCAAACGAUUACUAACUGGCCGGCUGGCCGGACUAUCCUUGCCAGCAAGGCUGACCCCAGCCUUCGCGCACAAUAGAAUACCGAUCCGAUCUAUCGCAACCAACAAACGGCCCAUUCUGGUGUGCCCCAAUCAACGUUUGCUGCGCCAACUAGAGAAUGAAUAUCGUGCUAUCCUGCAAUUGUUUUCCCGUUCCUACGGUAUUCCGCAAUCCGUUCUGACACGCAAUCUUCAUACAGCUAGUCGAGUUUACCAGCAGAAAAAGCCAGCGGACAAUGAUCCGAACCGAGUUCCACCGGGAGGUGGUGGCAAAAAAGACAACGAUGACAAGGAGAAAAUGAUGUCGGUUGUGACGAAAACAAUCGUCCUGAUGAUUACGGUUUACGCGCUGGUAGCCUUCCUAACGAUGGUGGUGCCGAAUCGGAACCGGCCGGAAACCACUACGCGUUACGUUAGCUGGCACGAGUUUGUGCACCACAUGCUGGCCGCUGGCGAAGUGAAGGAGGUGGUCGUUCAUCCCGACAUGGAAAUGGUGACGAUUCUGCUGCACGAAGGAGCGAUCAUAAAGGGAAGACGGGCGCAUUCGAACAUCUUUCACAUGGCGGUUGCUGAUGUUAAUAAGUUUGAGGAGAAGUUGCGGUUGGUUGAGGCACGGCUCGGCAUUAAGGAUGGUGUUUCGGUGCAGUUUGAGCGCAGUGGUGACGUGAGUGGGCGGAUUCUGUUUACGCUGAUUGCUACCGGGGUGAUUAUUGCCCUGCUCAGUCGGAUGCGCGGCAUCCGGAGUCCGAUCAGUAUGGAUUCUUUUACUCAAAUGGGGCGAGCAAAAUUCACCCUAGUCGAUCCGGUUGAUGGAUCCGGACGUGGAGUUUGGUUUAAAGACGUAGCCGGUUUGCAGGAAGCGAAACAGGAGGUUAAGGAAUUUAUCGACUACUUGAAGUCACCUGAUCGCUAUCAGAGACUGGGAGCAAAGGUUCCGAAAGGGGCUCUACUGCUGGGUCCUCCCGGCUGUGGAAAAACACUACUAGCAAAGGCGGUUGCUACGGAAGCUCAGGUUCCCUUUCUCAGUAUGAAUGGUUCAGAGUUUAUUGAAAUGAUUGGUGGUCUGGGAGCGGCUCGAGUGCGGGAUUUGUUCAAGGAAGCCGGCAAACGAUCGCCCUGUAUAAUCUAUAUAGAUGAAAUUGAUGCCAUUGGUCGGCAGCGGGACGGCGGUGAUAGUUUCGGCGGGGUAAGCUCGGGAGAAUCAGAGCAAACCCUUAACCAAUUGUUGGUAGAAAUGGAUGGAAUGGCUUCUAGGGAGGGAGUGCUCAUGCUGGCCAGCACCAACCGGGCGGACAUUCUGGAUAAAGCCCUCCUUCGACCAGGUCGUUUUGACCGACAUAUUCUUAUUGACUUGCCGAAUUUGGCCGAACGAAAGGAAAUCUUUGAAAAGCAUCUUUCGGGAAUAGCACUGGCAGCAACACCGGAUAAAUAUUCUGCCCGGCUGGCGACACUGACACCCGGAUUUUCCGGCGCCGAUAUUGCGAAUGUGUGCAAUGAAGCUGCGCUACACGCAGCCCGGUCAAGCCAAAAAACGGUCACGACGGCCAAUUUGGAAUAUGCUGUGGAGCGGCUGGUAGGUGGAACGGAAAAACGUUCGCACGCGCUAACGCAAACCGAGCGGCGAGUGAUUGCGUUCCACGAGUCUGGUCAUGCACUAGUUGGUUGGCUGCUACCGAAUUCCGACGUUCUGCUGAAGGUGACAAUUGUACCGCGAACCAGUUUGGCACUCGGAUUCGCACAGUACACCCCAAAGGAGCAGAAACUGUACAGCCGGGAGCAAUUGUUCGAUAAGAUGUGCAUGGCUCUGGGUGGACGGGCGGCCGAGAACAUUACCUUCGAGCGGAUUACGACCGGGGCGCAGAAUGACUUGGAGAAAGUCACGAAGAUGGCGUACGCGCAGAUCAAAUACUUCGGCAUGAACGGCACCGUGGGCCCAAUUUCGUUCUCCGAAGAAAGCGAGUCUAAUCCUUACGCUGCGAAACCCUACUCGAAGCACUUUGGCGACAUAAUCGACCAGGAAGCGCGCUACAUGAUCACGGAAGCGUACGAACGGACCGAGCAGCUGCUGCGGGAUAACGUCGAGAUGCUGCGAACCCUGGCCGAGGCGCUGCUGAAGCAGGAAACCCUCAACUACGAUCAGGUGGUCGCCCUGAUUGGUCCACCCCGGUAUGACGAUGCGAAGCGCAAAAUUGAACCCGUCGAGUUUGAGGAUAGCCUGUCGAAACUGGCCGCCGGCAAUGGAGAGGAAACGAACAAGUGAAAGAUAAAAUUGUUAAAGCGAAAUAAACUUACCUGUUGGAAUUAAAAAUCA